AUGCAGACUGCCGCAAAGAUCUUUGUCAUUUCAGGUCCUUCUGGAUCUGGUAAAUCAACCUUGCUCAAGCGCCUUUUCAAUGAUUAUCCUGACACCUUUGGCUUCAGCGUAUCACAUACCACUCGCAAGCCCCGUCCUGGAGAGGUCAAUGGCAAGGACUAUCACUUUGUAGAAAAGGCCAAUAUGGAGGAAGAGGUAUCUCAGGGAAAGUUUAUCGAGAGCGCCACCUUUUCUGGAAAUAUGUAUGGUACUUCUAUCAAGUCAGUUGAGGAUGUUGUAGCCACUGGAAAGGUCUGCAUGCUCGAUAUUGAUAUGCAGGGUGUCCAGUCUGUCAAGAAGACCAACCUCAACCCUCGUUACAUCUUUGUCCAGCCUCCCAGCAUGGAGAUCCUCGAGCAGCGUCUCCGUAGUCGUGGAACCGAAAAGGAGGAUGCCAUUCAGGCACGUUUGGCUGCAUCCAAGCAAGAGCUUGAAUAUGCAUCACAAAAGGGUGCCUAUGACAAUGUCAUUAUCAACGACGAUCUUACAAGUGCCUACCAAGCAUUGGUCAAUGCUAUCUUUACCAAGGCUUAA